AUGGCGUACGAGAAAGUCAAUGAGCUUAACCUUAAGGACACAGAGCUACGUCUUGGAUUACCCGGAACGGAACAAGAAGUUAAACAAGAAAAAGAGGUUUCUUGCGUUAGAAGCAACAAACGUCAAUUCGAUGAAGAAACACUAAACGAAGAAGAAUCUAUGCCUCCUACAAAAACUCAAAUCGUUGGUUGGCCACCGGUGAGAUCUUACCGUAAGAACAAUAAUAAUAACAGUGUAAGCUAUGUGAAAGUGAGUAUGGACGGAGCUCCAUACCUCCGCAAGAUCGAUCUCAAAACAUACAAAAACUACCAAGAGCUACUCAAAGCAUUAGAGAACAUGUUCAAGUUCACGAUCGGUGAAUACAACGAAAGAGAAGGAUACAAAAGAGGAUCUGGAUUUGUACCAACGUACGAGGAUAAAGAUGGAGAUUGGAUGUUGGUUGGUGAUGUUCCAUGGGAUAUGUUCUCUUCUUCUUGUAAAAGACUUAGAAUCAUGAAAGGAUCUGAUGCUCCUGCUUUAGACUCUUCCUUAUGA